GACUAAUUAAUUUUAUUAAAAAUGAUUAUGAGAACAGGUCCAAAAGGGGGUAGUUGUUUAUUUUCAUGGCAAGCACGUUCAAGAAAUGGCUCCAACCAAAACCAUACAAACAAAAGGCACUAUUUAAAACACAACCAAAAACACAAAACAUAAAACGAAAAGAACAAUAGAGAGAAGGAUUAUCAAAAUGGGGAAACCAGCUGGGUAUUGGGUGAAUAAGAUUAGGACAUCAUUCAAAGGAGGAUCAUCUUCGAGCAAAUCACUAGAUGAAGGAAGUGCUUCUGGUUCUAGAAAGAACGGUAGUAAGAAUCAGAAAACAGAGGAAGGCAAUAAGAAGGGUGAAGCUGAGAGUGGGAGGAAAGUGAUGGUUGUUGUGGACACAACUUCACAAUCAAAGAAUGCUCUUCAAUGGGCAUUAACACAAUGUGUUCAAGAUGAAGACAAUAUCACUCUCCUCCAUGUCACAAAAACACCUGUAGGGCAAGCUACAGAUGAGACACAAGGGCAGAGAAACUCAAGGGCUCAUGAACAAGUUCAUCCACUGAAGAAUUUUUGUCAGCUCAAGAAACCUAAUGUGAAGACGGAGAUAGUGGUGGUUGAAACGGCGGAGGAGAAAGGGAAGACGAUAGUGGAGGAAGCAAAGAAACAAGGAGCUGGAGUUUUGGUUUUAGGUCAGAGAAAAAGAACUUCGAAGUGGCGCGUGAUUUGGAAGUGGCGAGCAAAAGGAGGAAUAGGAGGCGGAGUGGUUGAGUAUUGUAUUCAUAACUCCGAGUGUAUGGCUAUUGCCGUGAGGAAGAAAAGUAACAACGGAGGUUACUUGAUCACCACGAAACGUCACAAAGACUUCUGGCUCUUGGCCUAAUUUUUAUUAUUGCUAUCACACAUCUUAAAUCAAAAUCCUUUUCUCUUUUGUCUUCUGUUAAUUGAAAUGAUCUUUAUUGCUUUCUUUUGAUUUGUUCAUGAAUAUGAUUGUUCUCUAUCAUGUACUGCUCUAAAGAAAAAGAACAAGAGUGUAAAGACUUUAGUUUUCCUUA